AUGCUAAAGCGGCUAACUUUUCAACCCAUACCACGUCCAUCGCCGCAUUUUGUCUCUACUUCCUCUCUUACCCCGCGACUUUUUCUCAACCCAUACUUCAAGAUCUCAACGAUCAUCAUGUCCGACGGACAAAUCAUGAAGCCCGACAAGGACUUCUCCAAAGAGGUUGACAAACAGCUUCCCGAAGCAGAGAAGCUUGCAAAGACAAAUGUGCAGGCAGCUAUCGAAAAGCUCACGGCGUUGGAGAAGCAAACUAGACAGGCAUCGGAUCUUGCAUCAACAUCUCGAAUCCUCGUCGCAAUAGUCACAAUUAGCAAGGAGUCGGGGGACUGGAGUCUGCUGAAUGAGCAGGUUCUGCUACUUUCCAAGAAGCAUGGCCAACUUAAGCAAGCUACGACGAAGAUGGUGCAGGUGGUGAUGGGAUUCCUAGAUGAGACACCGGACCUGGAGACAAAGUUGACUGUCAUUGAAACACUACGAACCGUCACCGAAGGCAAGAUUUUUGUCGAAGUCGAGCGCGCUCGUGUUACAAAGAUCCUCUCGGACAUCAAGAAGGAGCAGGGUGAGCUCAAGGCGGCUGCGGAUAUUCUAUGUGAGCUGCAGGUGGAGACUUUUGGUUCUAUGGAGCGAAGGGAGAAAACGGAGUUCAUUUUGGCACAAGUUGCGUUAUGCAUAGAGAAUGAUGACUGGACACAAGCCGGAAUUCUAAGCCGGAAGAUCAGUACGAAGUACCUGUCAAGAAAACCAAAGAAAUCACCGGAGCAACUGGAGAAGGAGAAGAAGGAUCGCGAGAAGAAGCGGGAGAAGGGAGAAGAUAUUCCAGAGCCAGUGGAGGAUGAUGUAACGGACUUAAAGCUACGAUAUUAUGAGCAACAAAUCACCCUGGCCAGACACGACGACAAGUAUCUUGCUGCUUGCAAGGACUAUAGACAAGUUCUUGACACCGAGGCUGUGGAGGAAGAUCCCGCGAAGCUUCAUUCCGUACUGCAAAGAAUCAUCUACUAUGUCAUCCUCGCCCCCUACGACAACGAACAAUCUGACCUUCUCCACCGAGUUCACAAAGAUUCCCGAAACUCCCAAGUUCCCCUUGAUGCCCAACUCCUGAAGCUUUUCACCGUCCACGAACUCAUGAGAUGGCCCGAAGUUUCCAAGUUGUUUGGUCCCCACCUCUGCAGCACCGAUGUCUUUGAUGCGGCUCCUGGUCAAUCAGCAGACAAGAAGGCAAACCAACGAUGGGAAGAUCUCCGCAAGCGUGUCAUUGAGCACAAUGUCCGUGUCAUUGCGAAAUACUACACCCGCAUCCAGAUGCCCCGCCUAACCCAGCUCCUCGACCUGACGGAAGACGAGACGGAGAAGUACAUCAGCGAGUUGGUCACGGCAAAGACCGUCUACGCCAAGAUUGACCGACCAGCCCGGAUCGUUAACUUCGCCAAGCCUAGAGAUGCCGAUGAUGUCCUCAAUGAAUGGAGUGGCAACAUGAAGAGUCUGUUGGGGCUUUUGGAGAGAAUCGACCAUUUGAUUACCAAGGAAGAAAUGAUGGCCAGAAUCCAACCGACGACGGGAUCCAAAAGUGCAAAGGUGCAUUAG